AUGGGCUGUUUAACUCUGACUUAUCCCUUCGUUUUGCUCACGGGGUUUCUCCUGGCCGAGCCGGGCCGGGCUCAUCCAGUGACGUGGAGUCCCUCCGGCCAAGAUUUGCAAGUUCUACAGCACCUCCUUGAUCGGCUCCGCGAAAAGAUCCGGCAGGAGGAGGCUCCGGGACGUCCCGACUACGAAGCCGGCGGUGCAAACGAAGAUGGCGAUUAUCCCCCGGACUUCGAAGACGGCGAGAUCAUCCCUUCCCACCUGCCCGAACUUCAAGAUUCCCUCUCUCAGGCCCAGUGGAGAAAAUUCCUCCUGGCGUCGAGGAGGUAUUUCUCCGGCUGCUUCGGAAUCCGGCUCGAUCGGAUCGGGACCCAGACAGGACUCGGCUGCAAGCCCUACAAACCCCGUAGGUCCACUUUUGAAAAGUUUCACCACGUAGGACUGUUCAAGUAUCAUACGUCCCUGGAGGAGACGAAGAAGCUGAAAUUCCUCCUCUUCCUCCAGGAGUAA